AUGGAGCAAUUAACCAGUGACCAAACAGACGUUCAGGUGGCCAACAACACUACCAGUGUGGAGAAAUUAAUGUUGGAUAUGCUGGGGCCAAGACAGAAGGACUUUGCUUCGGCAGUGCUGCUAACUAUUGUUUAUUCCGUCAUUUUCAUCACUGGGAGUAUUGGGAAUAUUUGUACGUGUCUGGUCAUUGUACGGAACAGCUGUAUGCAGACCACAACAAAUUACUACUUGUUCAGCUUGGCUAUGUCCGAUCUGCUUUUGAUUUUCUUCG